AUUUAUAACCGGGUCGUCAGGUUUUUUAAGCUACUGUCUGUUCUUUGGAACAGUUGUGAUCCAUCUCGGCGAAAACUAAACUAUUCAACAUGUCUGGAAGAGGCAAAACCGGAGGAAAGGCUCGUGCAAAGGCCAAGACCAGGAGCUCCCGUGCUGGGCUGCAGUUCCCCGUGGGUCGAGUCCACCGUCUCCUGCGCAAAGGUAACUACGCUGAGAGGGUUGGAGCUGGAGCCCCUGUGUACCUGGCCGCCGUGCUCGAGUACCUCACCGCUGAGAUCCUGGAGCUGGCUGGUAACGCUGCCAGAGACAACAAGAAGACCCGUAUCAUCCCCCGCCACCUCCAACUGGCUGUUCGUAAUGACGAAGAGUUGAACAAAUUGCUCGGUGGAGUGACCAUUGCUCAGGGCGGUGUGCUGCCCAACAUUCAGGCCGUGCUGCUGCCCAAGAAGACUGGGCAGGCUGCUGCACCAAGCUCCGGCAAGGCGGGAAAGAAGGCCUCCUCUCAGUCCCAGGAGUAUUAGCAUGAACAAUCCAUGACUUCACACCAAAGGCCCUUUUAAGGGCCACCCACCUCAUUGAAAGUGCAACUCUUUUCUGUGUUCACCUUUUACCUUGUUUAUUCAAUAAAUGCGUUAAGGUUU